AACCAGUUGUCAGUUCGCUUUGAGCCUUACUACCGUAUACAUAUAUAUUAUGCUGCAUUCGAUAAUAAUCAACUCAGUAGGGUGCACGAGUUAGCAUUAUUUCAGUGAUCGCUUUCAGUGCUCAAAUGUCAAAAAUAUUUAACUGUUGCUCAAAAGAUACAGAGUCCAGUCAUUUGAACGGGAUGAAUAAAGAAUUAGCGACGAUGGAAAAUAAUGUUGAUAAAAUUAAAGACUGUGAUAAAGUUGAUAGAGGUAUACCAAAGGCCGAACACAUGAAUGGAUACCAUGGGUGUCCUUUUAGUGAGAAAGUGGACAUUGAUAGUGAGAACGAGAAGAGAUUAGUGAAACCGAACUUACGUUUGAAAGUUCCACAACCGUUAAGACUGAAGAAUCAUAUGUUUGCUGAAGAGAACCUGGAUACGUUGCAUUCGCAUAUCGACGAUGUUACACACUUUAACACAAAAUGCUCAGAGAAAGUAUGCCAAAGCAGUAUCAUGGAUAUCCCCGGUCGAGGGAACGCUCCGAGGAGUCCAGAGGAAGUCUUCAAAGAUGCAGAGACGUUUAUACGACAGUACUUCUCUUCAAUAAAAAGGGAAAAUUCAGACGCUCACUUGGCCAGAUUACGAGAGGUCGAUAAAGAGAUACAGGCAAGUGGAACGUACCAGCUAAAGACUCCAGAAUUGGUGUUUGGCGCGAAACUAGCUUGGAGGAACGCUGCGAGGUGUAUUGGAAGGAUACAGUGGAAGAAAUUACAAAUAUUCGACUGCAGAGAAGUAACAACCGCCAGUGGAAUGUUUGAAGCACUCUGCAAUCAUAUCAAAUAUGCGACAAAUAAAGGAAAUAUAAGGUCAGCGAUAACUAUAUUCCCGCAGCGCACGGACGGUAAACACGAUUAUCGGAUAUGGAAUCCGCAACUCAUCACCUACGCUGGUUACCUCCAACCGGACGGUUCGGUGCUUGGUGACCCUGCUAGAGUAGAAUUUACUGAGAUAUGUAUCCAACUGGGUUGGAAGCCACCGCGCACCGCGUGGGACGUGCUGCCUUUGGUGCUGUCAGCUGAUGGGAGAGACCCAGAGUACUUCGAGAUCCCUCGUGAAAUUAUUAUGGAGAUUAACAUUGAGCAUCCUAGCUACGACUGGUUUAAAGACCUAGGCCUUAAAUGGUACGCCCUACCAGCGGUCUCUAAUAUGAGAUUGGAUUGUGGUGGCUUAGAAUUCACCGCCACCGCCUUCAACGGGUGGUAUAUGGGCACAGAAAUAGGGUGUCGCAAUCUGUGUGACUCUAACCGAUUGAAUAUUGUUGAGUCAGUAGCAUGCAAAAUGGGUUUGGACACAAGUUCAUACGUCUCUCUUUGGAAGGAUAAAGCACUAGUGGAAGUAAACAUCGCCGUACUACACAGCUUUCAUAGAGACAAUGCGUCUAUAGUCGAUCAUCAUUCGGCUUCUGAGCAGUUUAUCAAACACUUGGACAAUGAAAAUAGAAGCAGGGGCGGAUGUCCCUCCGAUUGGAUAUGGAUCGUCCCACCAAUGUCAUCCUCACUGACGGCUGUGUUUCAUCAAGAAAUGGCUUUGUAUUACGUACGGCCGUCAUAUGAUUAUCAAGAACCCGCGUGGAAGACCCACCAGUGGAGCAAGUCUGACGGCAACAAGGCGCGACGCAAGUUUCACUUCAAGCAGAUCGCGAGAGCCGUCAAGUUUACAUCCAAACUCUUCAGCCAAGCACUGUCUAAACGCAUCAAAGCGACCAUCCUGUACGCGACGGAGACGGGCAAAUCUGAGCUGUACGCGAAGGAGUUAGGGACGAUAUUCGGACACGCGUUCAAUGUGCAGGUCCAAUGUAUGUCAGACUACGAUAUUUUCUCGAUAGAGCACGAAACACUCCUUCUCAUCGUAACUUCAACUUUUGGCAACGGCGAGCCUCCUGCGAAUGGCGUCACAUUCGCGGAGCAUCUUUUUCAAAUGUUGUAUAAUGAAAAGAAAAAUGAUCAAGCGGAUAGUGCUGGUUACAAAACUCCCACACCAAAGUCAUUAAUGCGAGCAAACAGUGUGAUGACACCGCGUAAUGAAUACAAAAGACAACUGUCGCGAUUGGAGUCCAGUCGAAGCAACAAUGAAUAUAAACGACAAUUAACACGUUUAGAAUCGAAUAAAAGUAGCAUUGGUGGAACAUCAAGCGCGGAAAAUAUUGGUCCUUUGAGCAACGUCUGUUUUGCUGUUUUUGCCCUGGGUUCAAGCGUGUAUCCAAAAUUCUGCUUUUUUGGUAAAACUGUGGAUAGAGUACUAGAAGACUUGGGUGGGGAAAGACUGUUAGAGGUUAAUUGUGGAGACGAAAUGUACGGUCAGGAACAGCAAUUUAGAACUUGGUCAUCCAAUAUAUUCCACGUCGCGUGUGAAACGUUCUGCUUGGAAGAAAAUGAUACAAUCAAAGAUGCUGAAAAGUCGUUUGGUGUGAUUCCUAUUACAAAAGAUACAGUUAGAUUCAGCAACGUUGAAAAAGGUUUACCUAUCAAAAAUGCACUUGAAGAAAGUUAUAAGAAACACUUUAUUACGUGCAGGGUUAAAGAAAACAAACCUUUGGGAGAUUUUUCAUCGGACCGAGCGACGAUAUUUGUGGAUAUGGAAGUUGAUUCCGAAUUUAAAUAUGAACCUGGAGACCACGUGGGUAUUAUGGCUUGUAACCGCAAGGAAAUUGUAGACACCGUGUUAUCAAGACUGAAAGACGUAGAUCAUAUCUAUGAUAGACCAGUACAGCUGCAAGUGAUGAAAGAAACUCUUACACCUACGGGAGCUAUAAAAACUUGGGAAAAGCAUGAACGGCUACCAGCAGUAACAGUACGGGAAUUGUUUACCAGAUUCUUAGACAUAACUACACCACCAUCAUCGAAAGUCUUGAAGUACUUAGCGAGUGCAUGUACUGAUACCAGUGAUGCCGAAUGUAUAAAAGAGCUCAUAGAGGAUUCAAACAAGUUUGACGAUUGGAGGUACCAUUACUAUCCCCACUUGGCCGAAGUUUUAACUCAAAUACCGUCGUGUAGGCCUCAGGCUUCAGUCCUAGUUGCGUUAUUGCCUCCGUUACAACCUAGAUUUUAUUCUAUAUCGUCAUCGCCAUUGGCUCAUCCUAAAAGAAUACAUGUCACUGUUGCCGUUGUUCAAUAUAAAACACAGAAUGGCGAAGGUUCAACUCAUUACGGUGUUUGCUCAACAUAUUUACAAAGUCUUAAAGUAAAUGACGAGGUCGUUGCAUUUAUAAGAAGAGCUCCUAAUUUCCAUAUGCCAUCUGAUAUUUCCGUUCCUCUCAUAUUAGUGGGUCCAGGAUCUGGCAUUGCGCCUUUUAGAGGUUUCUGGCAUCAUAGAAGACAUUUAAUUCAAAAUAACGGUUCCGAAGCUGGACCUCUUUGGUUAUUCUUCGGAUGUAGGUACAGGGGAAUGGAUUUAUAUAAAGACGAGAAAGAAGAAGCCGUCAAAGAUGGAGUUAUUACAAAAGCUAUGGUAGCGUUUUCCAGAGAAGAAUGUAUAAAUAAGAAACAUGUACAAGCACUAUUGGAAGAUGAAGGUGCUGAAAUAAGUAAAAUACUUCUAGAAAAAGGUGGACAUUUUUAUGUGUGCGGUGACUGUAAGAUGGCAGAAGAGGUGCAACAAAAGUUGAAAGAAAUAAUUAAAAACCACGGAAAAUUGACAGACACAGAAGUCGAUGACUUUAUCUUGGUCUUGAUGGAGGAAAACAGAUAUCAUGAAGAUAUUUUUGGAAUCACAUUGCGUACUUCAAUCGUACACACGGCAUCUCGAGAAACUGCAAAGAGGACUAGGCUAGAAUCUGGGCAAUCUCAGACAUAGAUUUGAAGCAAUCAUUUCCUUUAAAAGUAUUAUAGAUAGACAUAUUAAAUGAGACCAGUGUUUAUGGACUUAAAACGUUAAUGUUUAAGAAAAUACUUUUGUAUUACCUUAUCAUUUAAGGUUUCUCAAUUAAUAUAAAAUUAAUUUAAGUAUAUAUUAAAUUAUUUUUGUCCCUUUAGAAAGACAAAACUAGUGUAUAAGUGCUUAAUAUUUAAGCUAAUAAUCUUGUUUUUUACCUUUGUAAUCAGAUAUUAAAGAUAAGUUGCAAAACAAUUUUCCAAAUUAACCUGUUAAGCUUU